CGAAAAAAAAUUUCGCGAAAUUCCCCCCUUUUGUCCGCUUAGGGGCGAGGGGGAAGAGUGAUUUUUCGCUAUCGAAGAAGCGAUUAUGAAGUGAUUUUUGUCGUCUGACCGCGAUAUAUAUCGCUGUCAAUUCAUCGCUGCAGCGCUUUUCACCGAAACGUCAUCAGAAGCCAGGUGAGCUGCUAGAGAUUUUUAUUUGGGAGGCUGGGUUGGGGUCGCCCUAAUGGCGACUUCUAUGGGGGGCCCUCCAUCAUGGGGGGACCAACCGGAUCCGGGUGGCGGCUAUCGACACGGCGUAGGAGGACGUAAUGGAGCAAGGUUACCACCCUUUAUGGACCCGCAGGGGAAUUACGGUACGGUGCAAAUCCUACGUCUGCAAGGGCUAGGAGAUCCACGUCAAAAAUUGCCGAAUCGACCUUUUGAUAUUCGCAGGGAUGUACAGCGUAUUGCAGGAGGACAAAUAGAAGGUGCUUUCAAAGAGGCGCAAGGAGCCACCUACGCACUGAAGGUUAGGAGUGCUCACCAAUACGAAAGGCUGCUGCAGAUGAAGCAACUUAAAUGCGGUAUGAAAGUUGAGGUGAUACCCCAUCCCUCGCUCAACUCUACGAGAUGCGUAGUAAGCUGCCGUGAUGUGGUCGAUGAUACCGAAAAUUUUCUGCUCCAGGACCUAAGCGAACAAGGUGUCAAAGACGUCCGACGAAUCACGCGCAGGGCUAACGGCGGUAGGGUGAACACACCAACCCUCAUACUCACAUGUGAGGGCACGUGCUUCCCCGAAUACAUCGAUUUUGGUUUCCUCCGUUGUCGUACCCGGCCAUAUUAUCCGUCGCCCAUGCAAUGUUUCAACUGCUGGGCCUUCGGACAUACACGAAUGCGCUGUAGGUCAGCCAAGCCGAUCUGUGGGAAGUGUUCCGGCGAUCAUCCGAUCGCUGAGGACAGAUCGUGCAACAACCCAAAGUUCUGUCCCCGUUGCAAAACUGAUGAGCACUCAAUAUCCGACCGAGCAUGCCCGAGUUAUUGCAGGGAAAACGAUAUACAGAAGCUCAAGGUGGACAGAGAUCUGUCAUAUCCUGAGGCGAGAAGGUUAUAUGACCAAAGCCAUGGGGCUACCUCCUUUUCGGGUGUCGCCUCGGCCAGCCUGGAGGGAACUCUAGCAGAAAUGAGCAGAAAAAUCGAAGACCUUGCCAAUGCGGUUCGUGACAGGGACACGGAGAUCGCCCAGCUCAAGGCUGCGCUUGCUAUAAGGAAUUCUGACAACUCCAAUAACACGAUUGACACCCCACCUGCUAACCCGCCACUAGAGAAUUUUUUCGCAAUGAUGCAGCAACAGAUGCUGCAGAUGAACGAUAACUUUCAGCAGUCCAUCAAGGCCCUCGUGGCCACCCAGAUUACCACUCAAACAAAACUACAACAGAUUGAGGCAGCCAUGAAAACGUCCGGUCGGUCCCCUCCGGUACCGGCUCCCCAGAGACCGCUAUCGCAAAGGCCGAAGGCCACAUCCGCUCCGUUGCAAGUAGCAACGGGCAGUAAAAAGAUUAUAAAUACGUUUACCGAAAAACCCAGCACCAAAUCAAGCGUAGGAAAGAAAAUUGUAACCACCGCAUAUGUGCCCACCUCGGAAACCAAAACCGCCGAACCGGGCACACCUACGGCUAAGACUCCUGUUACAGUCUCCUCGCCAGUCACACCCAGAAAUUCACUGGAUUUCAACCUGGUUGAAGUGAUUGACGUCACCAGCGAUAGAUCCACAUCACCGGGGAACGCCAGUGACAGGACGAUCACCCCUGACUUCAGUCCGAACCCAAAUGCCAGAGUCGAUACGCCGCUACCAAUUACCAACACGCCAAAAUCCUCCAAACGACCGAGUAACGUUCUCAGCCCUCCGAUACGGCCACUCCACAUAACCCAGCCUCCCAUGAUACCGAAGUCUCUUCGGUUAUCUCCGGAACCACCUGAUACCGUUUGA